AUGAGUACUUUUAACCCACAACCUCAAUCUUCAUUCACUGCUACUGUUCCACAACAACCUAUAGCUAUCGGCAUUCCCGUCGGAACUCCAUCAAAUCAGUUCUACUCUACAGAUAACAACCCCCAAACCUCAUUUCCAGUUCACACUCAAUCUCAACCGAUGGUCCCCUGGUCUAGUGGCCUUUGCGACUGUUUUACCGACUUUAGCAAUUGCUGCAUGACAUGUUGGUGCCCGUGCUUUACAUUCGGUCAGACAUCUGAGAUCGUCGAUAGAGGAACCUCCUCUUGUGGACAGAAUGGGGCACUCUACGUGGCUGUAGCAGUUGUGUUCGGUUGUCCUUGUAUAUAUUCGUGUGCUUAUCGUACUAAGCUUAGGCAAAUUUACAACAUAGAUGGGAGCCCUUGCUCUGAUUUCAUGACACAUUGGUACUGUAAUGGUUGCGCUCUAUGCCAAGAAUAUAGAGAACUUCGGAAUCAAGGCUUCAAUGUCGACUUAGGAUGGCAUGGUAACAUGGAAAGGCACAACGGUGUUGCAGCAACUUCUCCGCCUACUCUACAUGGAGGCAUGAAUCGGUAAAGAUGAU